AUGCCGAAGAAAAUCUGGCAUGCGAGGUAUCAAAAUGAAACGUCCAACGAGAGAUAUCAAAAUGAAACGUCCAACGAGAGAUAUCAAAAUGAAACGUCCAACAUCCAAACAAUCGAAAGGAAACAGUCCAAAGGAAACAAAGAUAGCAUCAAAAGGAAACAUCCAGGGCGCGGGACUCAUACAGGUGAAAAGCGGUUCAAAUGCGAAACAUGUCUGAUGGGCUUCGCUCAUUCAUCGCGUUUGCAUAAACACAUGAAAACUCAUACGGGUGAAAAGCCGUUCUCUUGUUCGAAAUGCAAGAUGAAUUUCACCGCGAAAGAGAGUCUGAAUAGACAUAAGAAGAUUCAUAGUGGUGAGAACCCGUACACUUGUUCAAAAUGCGGAAUGAAAUUCACCCGGAAAGAUAGUGUCGGUAGACAUAUGAUAUCACAUAGUGAUAAGAAACUGCACUGUUCUGUGUGCAAUAAAAGCUUUUCUCCAUUAUAUGAUAUAAGACGUCACAUGCAGACUCAUGACAGUGAUAGGCCCAGAUUUAACUGCACUGCAUGCGAUAAAGCAUUCGUGACGGAUUAUUAUAGAAAAAAACACAUGGAGAAUUGCGUGCAGAAUGAGCUGACAAACACAUUUUAAACAGAAAUACGCAUUGCUAUUCCUUGUAUUGUUGUAUUUUCUAUGAGUUAAAUUCAUUUUUCUUUAUUGUAUUGUUAACAUUUCAUUG